GCUCCGGAGCUUCCUCUCCGCCUUCUCCGCUUUGCCUGCGAGUGCUCGGAGGGAAGCGGAUCGGUAGUGGCCGGUGCAGAAACGUUGCUUAGGCGGACAGGAGAUGACCGGUUCGAACGAAUUCAAGCUGAACCAGCCACCCGAGGAUGGCAUCUCCUCGGUUAAGUUCAGCCCCAACACAUCCCAGUUCCUCCUGGUCUCCUCCUGGGAUACGUCUGUGCGCCUCUACGAUGUGCCCGCCAAUUCCAUGAGGCUCAAGUACCAGCACACUGGUGCUGUCCUGGACUGCGCCUUCUACGAUCCAACGCAUGCCUGGAGUGGUGGAUUAGAUCAUCAACUGAAAAUGCACGAUUUGAACACUGAUCAAGGAUUUGGAAUGGAACCCAAGACGUGCAAAGCGCUCUGAGCUUUGUUUGCCUGCCCUGUAUUGGAUAAAAUCUUGUUGGAACUCACGAUGCCCCUAUCAGAUGUGUUGAAUACUGUCCAGAAGUGAACGUGAUGGUAACUGGAAGUUGGGAUCAGACAGUUAAACUGUGGGACCCCAGAACUCCGUGUAAUGCUGGGACUUUCUCCCAGCCGGAAAAGGUCUACACCCUGUCAGUGUCUGGGGACAGGCUGAUUGUGGGCACGGCGGGCCGCCGAGUGCUGGUGUGGGACUUGCGGAACAUGGGCUAUGUGCAGCAGCGGAGGGAGUCCAGCCUGAAGUACCAGACUCGCUGCAUCCGAGCCUUCCCGAACAAGCAGGGUUAUGUGUUGAGCUCCAUCGAAGGCCGAGUGGCUGUGGAAUACUUGGACCCGAGCCCUGAGGUGCAGAAGAAGAAGUACGCCUUCAAGUGCCACAGGCUAAAGGAGAACAACAUUGAGCAGAUUUACCCAGUCAACGCCAUCUCCUUUCACAACAUCCACAACACGUUUGCCACAGGUGGUUCGGAUGGAUUCGUCAAUAUUUGGGACCCAUUUAACAAGAAGCGCCUGUGCCAGUUCCAUCGGUACCCCACCAGCAUCGCUUCCCUUGCCUUCAGUAAUGACGGAACUACGCUUGCAAUAGCAUCGUCAUAUAUGUAUGAGAUGGAUGACACCGAGCAUCCUGAAGAUGGUAUCUUCAUUCGCCAAGUGACAGACGCAGAAACAAAGCCCAAGUCCACGUAAUCUGGGGAAAGCAGUUUCUCUGGAAAAGCUUUGCUUCCUACAAACACGCGCUUUCCCUGAGGCCUGCUUGCAGCCAUUGGACACUUGGUCUAGUGUGUGGAUUUCUAUGUCUUCUGUCGUAACAGAAUUGUCUCUGUGCCCUGUGAUUGUUUUGGGUAGGGACGCUUUGUAUCCUUGUACAGUAGUCUUGACGAUUCUCCUCCCCUACGCCAUUUUUGUUUGUGUUUGCUAUCUAAAACUGUUAUAUUUUUCUGUUGUCUAAUAAAUCAGAGAUUUGGAACUUUUAAAAGUUGGGUGUUUGUAAACAUUUUGGUAGUGUCAUUUAUUGCAUAACAAGGCUUUUCUUAGGCAAAGUACUCUUUGUCAUUAGAGGUGUCAUUUGACUGAAUGUACCAUGCCUUAUUUAUUAUAUCUGCUCUUGUACCAGGGGGUCAGCCCUGGGUAAAGGAAUCCACUUGACUUCUUUCAGCCAGUUUUUGCUCCUGUUUCUUUGGAGGCUCAGUGAGGCCUGGGAGCCAGCUCUGCAGCUUCUCAAGAUGGGCACUGACCGGCAGCAUCUGCGUGGCUGCUAGCAGUGCCAGUGUGGGUAGGGCUCAUGCUUCCGUGGGCUGACGAUACCAUCCUCUGUAGACAGAGCCAAAGGGCAGGCCCCUCUGGACUUAGCCAUCAGCUGCUAUGUCACUGAAGCCCUCCGGACGAUAAAUGGUGUACCAGCCAGGAGCUACUGGUGGGAUUGGUCUUGUGGUGUAGUCGUAUGCUUUUUAAAGUCAUAACCACGUGAGCAUAAAUUUCAAACAUUGUAUAACUUAAAAAGAGAAUGGGCCUUGUUAAAGGUGACCAAAUUAAAGCCGUGUUAUGGACUUGUGUUUGAAGUGGUAUAGAGAGCUGCUGAUGGUUCCGUUUGGCUGUCCCUCUGUCCCUAAAUGUGUCUCCUACCCCUUGUGUGCCACCUGUGCAGCUCACCCUCUCAAUUUGCCUGUUUAUUAAAGUUACCUUUGCUGCCAGUU